AUGUCGGCGCUUCGCUGGGGCCGCGGUGCGGCGGGACUGGGGUGGGCCCUGCGCUCCCGGAGCCGCCCCGGUCCCCCGGCCGAGGAAGGGACCCUUGGGGGCAUCUGGGGCCCCAGAAGGAGCUCGUCCGCCAGCCCCUGUGAGCAAGACCGCCGGAAGGACUGGGGCCACGCGGAGCUGCUGGAGGUGCUGGAGGCACGCGUGCGGCAGCUGCAGGCUGAGAGCGUGUCGGAGGUGACCGUGAAGAAGGUGGAUGUGGCCCGACUCCCAGAGAACGCUGGCGGGGGUGGCGGCUUCCAGCCACCCAGAAAGGUCCUGAUGGGACCCUGUGGCCGCUGGGCAGAAAAGCUGAACAGGGAGAAGCGGACCAUGCAGAAGCGCAAGGAGCGGCUGGAGGUGAAGCUGGAGAUGCAAGCUGAGCAGCUGGCCCGCAAGCUGCAGCCCAAGCCCCUGCGGGUGGAGCCCCAGCUGCAGCACGGGCCCCUGGCUGACUGCCUGCGGCGCUUCACGCACGGGAUCCCGGAGAGCCCCUGGGAGGAGCAACUGGCCCAGGUGCUGCAGGAGACCCCACAGAGGCUGAGCCACGAGGAGGAGCAGGCACUGGUGCGCAGGAAGAGGCGCAGGAGGGCAGAGGCGCAGCCCGCCGGACCGCAGCCCGCUGGGCCGCAGCUCACUGGGCCGCAGCAGAAGCUGCUGUCCUUUCUGGAGUGCUGCCUGCUCACCGGCCACCUGCCCCUUGCCCACCACGUGCUGGUCACCCACCACAGCAGGCCGCGGAAGCAGCGGCUGCUCACACUCGCCAUGUACAACACCGUCAUGCUGGGCUGGGCCCGCCAGGGCUCCUUCAAAGGGCUGGUUUACGUGUUCUUCAUGGUGAAAGACGCUGGCUUAACUCCAGACCUGGUGUCCUAUGCAGCCGCCCUCCAGUGCAUGGGGCGGCUGGACCAGGACGUCCACACCAUCCGAAGGUGCCUACAGCAGAUGACCCAGGACGGGCUGCAGCUGCAGGGGCUGUUCACAGGCGUGGCCCUGUCCGAAGAGGAGCGGGCUGCACUCCUGAAGGCUGUGGUCAAGGCUAAGCCCACCUUCAGCCCGCCACCACGGCCCCCGCCCCCUGUCAACACCUCAACACUGCUCAGGGAGGUCUACGCCAAGGACGGCACCGUGUCCUACCCAAAGCUGCACCUGCCCCUGAAGACUCUGCAGGGCCUCUUCCAGCAGCAGCUGCGCAUGGAACUCGGUACCACUGUCUACGUUGAGUCUGUGGAGAAGGCCUCACCCAUGACCAAGGAGGUCGUGAAGGCGCGGAAGACCCUGAAGAACCUGCGUGUGCAGUGGGAGGCCGCACUGCACCAGGUGCUGCAGGAGACCAAGGCCAGCCUGGCCCGCGAGGCCCACGAAGGCCACCCCACGCUCUACCCCCACCUGUGCCUGCUCAGCGAGCAGGAGUUCGUGCAGAUGCUGAUGCAGGCCCUGCAGGCACUGCCAGCCCAGGGCGAGUCCCUGUUGUCCCUGGCCCACCAGCUGGGGAUGCGGGCCUUCAACCGGCACGUGGUACACAGCAAGCAGCUCAACAAGCAGGUGCAGGCACUGGAGCAGCACUACAUGCAGUACCUGCACCUGCUGGCCUCUGACACCCAGGUGGCUGAGCCCUGCUUGCCACGGCAGUACUGGGAGGCGCUGGGGGUGCCUGAGGCCCCGCCUGUGCAGCCCUGGCCCCUGCCAGUGCUGGUGCAGCUGGGCAAGCAGCUGGCUGAGAUGCUGGUGCAGGCCGUACAGAUGCCCCGCAGCCUGGCCGCACCCCAGGGUGCCUGCCGGCUCAUCCCAGUGCUCUACCACGUGUACUCCUUCCGCAGCUACCGCCAGAUCGGCAUCCUGAAGCCACACCCGGCCUUCACGCAGCUGCUGGCAGCCGCGGCGGAGCCCACGCUGACCUUCGAAGCGGUGGACAUGCCCAUGCUGUGUCCUCCGCUGCCCUGGACCUCACCGCAUGCUGGUGCCUUCCUGCUGAGCCCCACCAAGCUGAUGCGCGCGGCAGACGGCACCAUGCAGCACCAGCACCUGCUGGAGUGCUGCCCUCCCGCUGCGCUGCACGGUGCCCUGGAUGCCCUCACACAGCUGGGUAACUGCGCCUGGCGUGUCAACGGGCACCUGCUGGACCUGGUGCUGGAGCUCUUCAGGGCCAAGGGCUGCUCCCACCUGGGCGUUCCGCCGCCACCCUCCGAGGCACCCCGGCCACCUGAGUGCCGCCUACCACCUGGCACCCCACCCGCCCACAAGGCCGAGGUGCGGCGGGAGCUGGCCCGCUGCCUGAAGGUGGCCCGCGAGAUGCACAGCCUGCGGGCGGAGGCCCUAUACCGCCUCUCAUUGGCCCACCACCUGCGGCACUGCGUCUUCUGGCUCCCCCACAACAUGGACUUCCGUGGCCGCACCUACCCCUGCCCGCCCCACUUCAACCACCUGGGCGGUGACCUGGCCCGUGCCCUGCUCCAGUUUGCCGAGGGCCGUCCACUGGGCCCUCACGGCCUCGACUGGCUCAAGAUCCACCUGGUCAACCUCACAGGGCUCAAGAAGCGCGAGUCCCUGCAGGCCCGCCUGGCCUUUGCCAACGAGGUGAUGGAUGACAUUCUGGACUCCGCAGACCAGCCCAUGACGGGCCGGAAGUGGUGGAUGGAGGCGGAGGAGCCCUGGCAAGCGCUGGCCUGCUGCAUGGAGAUCGCAGGGGCUGUGCGCACCCCUGACCCUGCUGCCUAUGUCUCCCACUUGCCUGUGCACCAGGACGGCUCCUGUAAUGGGCUCCAGCACUACGCCGCCCUGGGCCGUGACAGCGUGGGCGCUGCUUCCGUCAACCUCAUGCCCUCAGACCUGCCGCAGGACGUGUACAGUGGGGUGGCUGCACAGGUGGAGAUAUUCCGCAGGCAGGAUGCCGAGCAGGGCCAGCGGGUGGCCCAGGUGCUUGAAGGCUUCGUCAGCCGCAAGGUGGUCAAGCAGACAGUGAUGACCGUGGUGUACGGGGUCACCCGCUACGGCGGGCGCCUGCAGAUCGAAAAGCGCCUCAGGGAGCUCAGUGACUUCCCACAGGAGUAUGUGUGGGAGGCCUCCCACUACCUCGUGCGCCAGGUAUUCAACAGCCUCCAGGAGAUGUUUUCGAGCACCCGGGCCAUCCAGAACUGGCUGACGGAGAGCGCCCGCCUCAUCUCCCAUGUGGGCUCAGCAGUGGAGUGGGUCACGCCCCUGGGCAUCCCGGUCAUCCAGCCCUACCACCAGGACUCCAAGUUUGUGGUCAAAGGUGGAAUCCAGAGCCUCACCUGCAGCAGCAGCAAGGACAGCAGCCAGAAGCCCAACACGCUGAAGCAGAAGAACGGCUUCCCCCCCAACUUCAUCCACUCGCUGGACUCCUCCCACAUGAUGCUCACGGCUCUGCACUGCUACAGGAAGGGCCUGACCUUUGUCUCAGUCCACGACUGUUUCUGGACCCACGCAGCAGACGUGCCUGUCAUGAACCAGUGGCGGCAUGCCGAUGGUGCCCUCACGGAUGAUGUAGUCACCUGGCUGGAAGACCUCGAACUUGAGCUUGGUCAGCAUGGCUGUGACAAAGUUGGGGUCAGCAUUGGCAAACAAUGGCAUUGA